AUGAGUGCUACAGAAGGUCUGAUGAGAGGAAUGGAAGUGAUUGAUACGGGAGCUCCUCUAAGUGUUCCGGUCGGCGGAGCGACUCUGGGACGAAUUUUCAACGUGCUUGGAGAACCCGUUGAUAAUUUAGGUCCUGUAGAUACGCGUACAACAUUUCCUAUUCAUCGAUCUGCGCCUGCCUUUAUACAGUUAGAUACAAAAUUAUCGAUUUUUGAAACAGGAAUUAAAGUAGUAGAUCUUUUAGCACCUUAUCGACGUGGGGGAAAAAUAGGAUUAUUUGGGGGAGCUGGGGUUGGUAAAACGGUACUCAUUAUGGAAUUGAUUAACAAUAUUGCUAAAGCACAUGGGGGCGUAUCCGUAUUUGGCGGAGUGGGUGAACGUACUCGUGAAGGAAAUGAUCUUUACAAGGAAAUGAAAGAAUCCGGGGUGAUUAAUGAAGAAAAUAUUGAAGAAUCAAAAGUGGCUCUAGUUUACGGCCAGAUGAACGAACCGCCGGGAGCUCGUAUGAGAGUUGGUUUGACUGCCUUAACAAUGGCGGAAUAUUUCCGAGAUGUUAAUAAACAAAACGUACUUCUAUUUAUUGACAAUAUUUUCCGUUUCGUCCAAGCAGGGUCCGAAGUAUCAGCCUUAUUGGGUAGAAUGCCUUCCGCCGUCGGUUAUCAACCUACCCUGAGUACUGNAAUUACUUCUACCAAAGAAGGGUCCAUAACUUCUAUUCAAGCAGUUUAUGUACCUGCAGACGAUUUGACCGACCCUGCCCCUGCAACGACAUUUGCACAUUUAGAUGCUACUACCGUACUAUCAAGAGGAUUGGCUUCCAAAGGCAUCUAUCCGGCAGUAGAUCCGUUAGAUUCAACUUCAACCAUGCUUCAACCUAGGAUCGUUGGGGAGGAACAUUAUGAAACUGCGCAAAGAGUGAAGCAAACCUUACAACGUUAUAAAGAGCUUCAGGACAUUAUAGCUAUCCUUGGGUUGGACGAGGUAUCCGAAGAGGAUCGUUUAACCGUAGCAAGAGCUCGAAAAAUUGAGCGUUUCUUAUCACAACCUUUUUUUGUCGCCGAAGUAUUUACGGGUUCUCCAGGGAAAUAUGUUGGUCUAGCAGAAAGCAUUAGAGGAUUUCAAUUGAUCCUUUCCGGAGAAUUAGACGGUCUUCCUGAACAGGCCUUUUAUUUGGUAGAAGUGAAAGAAAUCAUUUUAUCUACAAAUAGUGGUCAAAUUGGUGUAUUACCAAACCAUGCCCCUAUUGCUACAGCUGUAGAUAUAGGGAUUUUGAGAAUACGACUUAAAGACCAAUGGUCAACGCUGGCCCUAAUGGGCGGUUUUGCUAGAAUAGGCAAUAAUGAGAUCACUGUUUUAGUAAAUGAUGCGGAAAGAGGUAGUGAUAUUGAUCCACAAGAAGCUCAGCAAACUCUUGAAAUAGCAGAAGCUAAUUUGAGAAAAGCCGAAGGAAAGAGACNUUCAAAUUUCGGAUCUCUUUGGCUAAAGAAGGCGGGCAAUGCCAUCAUCCCUUUCCUUAGAUGCCCACCCCCCAUCGGGGAGCGCUUAUGCCAUUCGAGUACCUCAUGCCUCUACCACGAGAACACCGGCCGCACUGACACCUUAUCAACCCCGUGCGACAGGCCUGUUGAAGGUGGGGAGGGUACUGUCGGGAAGAAGGCGGAGAUGGAAACCAACAGAGAACCAUCGUAUGGCCCUUGGAUGCAGGUCCCGCAGCGCACGCGCCAGCCGUAUAUACGACGAGAUACGGGGCCGGAAAGCAUGAAGGGUGGCCUAAAGCCGACUCCGGGGUUUAGGCCUGGCAAUCGUUUCGACCUGCUGGAAAGUGAUGAAGCUAGGGAAGGAAAUCCGCCGUUUGAAUUUCGGGCCCACACGAAAGAGACCGACCGGGCAAAGAUGGCAGGGCCUCAGGUGGCUUCUGGAAACACGGACGACAGGGAAUGGCGUGUGGUGGCAGGCAAAGGUAGGAAGAAAGGCAGGCCUAACACUGGCACGACUAAAGUGGGAGCUUCUAGUGGAACAGUGACGGACUUUGAGAAUGUGGGGCGUACGGAGAGUACCAUGAUCAGGGGCCUUAAAACAAGUUCGGGACAGAGCGAUCCUAAGAACAGUUCAGAGACCAGUGGUGGAUCAUCUCGUCAAAUUCCUUCUUCGCAUCUCACAGGGGUUAAUCAAGUUGGUGCUGGGCUUGACCCGACCAAACAUCGCGCCAUUGUUGUUGAUGAGGAUCAGCCCCAUAUGACUCCUGUGGUCGAUGUUGCUGGCGACGCCCUCAUGACGGAGGCGAUUUGUUCCACUCCGCGAACCGUGGCCGGAGGAUCAUCGCUCGUGUGA